GGGAAGUAUAUAAGGUUCAGCAGCAGUACAAGAGGCAGUAUAACCAUCUGCACAGAGCACAUAACCACAUUAGCUUCUGCUUGGGAAAAGCAUUGCCAUUUGGAAGCAAUGUACAGUGGGAUAUGCAUCUGUUUAUUACUUGCUGUGCUCUCGGUAAGCUCAAAAGCACAUGAAACAACAGGCUCUUUGAGUGACGAUGCAGUGGGUACUGAAAUGGACCAGCUGAACCUUUCACAGUUUCCACGAUAUGCCCGGGCAUCCUCUGCUGGCCAGAAAAAAUCUUUUCAACGCGCUGACGGCGACCAAAGAUCUAACAUUGGAAACGUGCUGGUCAAAUAUCUGCAGCAAAGCAGGAAAGCAGGUCCUUCUGGGAGAUAUGUUGUCCUGCCAAACCGACCUGUUUUUGAUCAACCUCAUCGAAUAAAUGACAGAGACUACAUGGGUUGGAUGGAUUUUGGCCGCCGCAGCGCUGAAGAAUAUGAAUAUUCCUCAUGAAAAUCCCAAAUAUCUAAAAUUAGCCCCUGUUUUUGAACAGAUGAAAUAAAGUCAUUUGUUGUCUUUACAAAUCAGUGUUUUAAAUAUACAUAUUUAUGACUCUGCUGUAUAUUGUGUGUUAAAAUUUACAAUGCACUUUACAUAUGCAGAAUUUCUCGAAAAAUUAAAUUUUUAUUUAUUA